UUUGUUUUUUCUAUUGGUUUACAUCUUGAGAUGGAUUCAUCCAUCACCUUCGAUUGUGUUGUGUUGUGUUGUGUGUUGUGUUGUGUGUUGUGUAUGUGACUCUUGAUUCUCUCCACCACAGUCCAAAGAAAAAGUAGCUUUCAACCCUGUACUGGAGUGGUGUAUAUUUUAUUCUGGUUUUAAAUCUUGUACACAAAAUUAAUGUAGUUUAAUUGUCAUUAAAAAAUGUUUAAAAUUUUUGACGGUUUGUACAUGUGUACAUUUACUUCUCGUAUCUCCACGUCCAAGAACUAGAUCUCUUCAGCAGCCAACAGACACAGAAUUUACAAGACCGGUUUUUGCUCCUUAUCUUAAGCUUCUGUAAAAGUUUUAUCUCGCCUUCACACAACAUUGCCACCUACCAUUUGCCGUAGUUUUUUUGGUUUUUCAAAUCUUGGGGUUGUUGAAAGUUUUGAACUUUCUUGAUUCAAUUGCAAGUAUGGUCUUGAAUGCAUACUUCUAAGAAAAGGGUACCUUUCAACUUUUUGAACGCUUCUUCUUCGUCAUGUAUGUAUCUAUGUACUUGAUGAGCAUGUGCUGCCUCGUGUCAUUGGAUGUGUGAAUUUUCUUAACUCAUUUCACAGAGGUCAUGCAUUAUUCUGGCUCCUACUGCUGCUUCUCUCUGCAUCCAAGACCUGGUGUCGGUUUAGACUUAGAAUUCCUGAUUCCGGAUUGUUGAAUGUUUAAUUGUCUUUUUCUGCUGUAAAUCUGACAAGUUUUAAGGACAUGUUUGGAUGUGUACCAGGUGUGAGGUGGAGACCCCUUCAAUCCUCUGGCAUUUGCAUGUUCCGAAUUUGAGAAGCUUAAUAGGAUUUUGCUGAAGAAAUUUAGGAUCUGCAGUAAUUUGAAUGGGGCAUUCUGCAGCCGUAUGGGACUAUAGAGCAGCAACUGAAAUUACAAAGGACUGGAAUGGAAUUGAUCAAGUUCUGCUUCGGACCCCAAGGGGUUCUUCGGCACGGGUAAGCUUACAUGGGGCGCAGGUCACUUCAUGGCGGAAUGAGCACGGGGAAGAACUUCUAUUCACAAGCAGCAAGGCAAUUUUCAAGGCUCCAAAAGCAAUUCGAGGAGGAAUUCCCAUGUGUUUUCCACAGUUUGGAAACUGUGGAUCGCUGGAGCAGCAUGGUUUUGCAAGAAAUAGAAUGUGGGCAAUUGAUGAAAACCCUCCUCCUCUUCCUGGGAAUGACUCCAGUGGGAAAUCCUUCAUUGACCUGGUGCUAAAAUCAUCUGAAGAAGAUAUGAAGUGCUGGCCACACAGUUUUGAAUUCCGUCUUCGGGUGUCUCUUGCAGCAGAUGGGGACCUGACUUUGAUAUCUAGAGUCAGGAAUAUAAAUGGCAAGCCAUUUAGUUUCUCAUUCGCGUAUCACACAUACUUAUUGGUUUCUGACAUUAGUGAGAUAAGGAUUGAAGGUCUGGAGACACUGGACUACCUAGACAACCUUUUCAAAAAAGAACGAUUUACUGAACAAGGAGAUGCAAUAACAUUUGAAUCUGAGGUGGAUCGAGUUUAUCUUAGCUCUCCAAACAUAAUUGCAGUGCUAGAUCAUGAGAAGAAGCGAACAUUUGUUAUAAGGAAGGAAGGUCUCCCUGAUGUUGCUGUGUGGAAUCCAUGGGAAAAGAAAUCAAAAUCCAUGGUAGAUUUUGGUGAUGAAGAGUACAAACAAAUGCUUUGUGUUGACGGGGCAGUGAUAGAGAAACCGGUGAGCUUAAAGCCGGGAGAGGAAUGGACCGGUCGUCUGCAGCUAUCAGUUGUGCCAUCAAGUUUUUGCAGUGACCGUCUUGGUCUUGACAGAAGUGGUCUUUGAGGAAUUGUACAAAAUGGGUCUGAGUUAAUGCUGCUACUACAUCCAGCAAUGUAGCAACAUCUAGUUGUAGAAAUAGUGCUGUUCAGUAGGAGUGUCAGGUUUUAUGUUGUUGUGAUCUUAGGCUAGAAAUAGUGCAUUAGAGAGGCCUAUGUUUUUUGUGAGAAUGGCUUUCAAGUGUUACCAGGUCAUUAGUCAGUUGGUUCCUUCUGUUCUGCUAUGGAUGCUCCUUCUUUAAGCAUUAGAUUUGUUGAGUUGGUGCCGAGUUUAUUCUCUCCAUGGAUUUGAUGAUAUGUUCCACGGCAUGGAUAAUUUAGCUUUGGUGUUCCAAUUUGCUUA